AUGGCGGCCCCGGAGGCUCCGGACCCCGGGAGGCCCCUGCCCAAUCCCGGCACCACCUUCUUCCACGUCUUCUUCAAGGUGACGUCCUUGCUCUACUUCUUCACGUGCACGUGGUGGUCCACGCACUACGCCAUACAGUUCGUCGGGACGAUCGUGCUGUGCGCGUUCGACUUUUGGUGGACCAAGAACGUCAGCGGACGGUUCAUGGUCGGGAUGCGGUACUGGCAAAUGAUCGACGAGAACAACAAGGAGGAGUGGAGGUUCGAACACAGGGACGCGGAGGGGAUGGCGCGGGUGCACCCCGCCGAGAGCAAGAUCUUCUGGUACGCGCUCUACGGCACUCCGCCCGCGUGGUUCCUCCUGCUCUUCAUGGAGCUCGCGAGGUUCAACCUGGAUUACGCGAUGAUGUGUGGAAUCUCGCUGUCGAUGUGCUCGUUCAACGCGUACGGGUACACCAAGUGCAGCAAAGACGCGCAGGCGGCCAUCAGCACCUUCGCCACCAGGACGUUACUCAGCAGCGUCGUCCACGCCCUGGUGUGA